AUGGCCUACGAAGCUGAAGGGAUCAGUGUCAAAGACACACAAAAUUACUCCUCUUCAUCUAACAAUGAUGACUACGAGACAGGCCACUUUGGGCCCUUGGCCCAUGUUAAUACAGCCUCAAGUCGCCAUCCUGCCUUCGGUGGUGACAUGCAACCCGGUCUGUACCGCGUGGAAAAGGACCGCAAGCUUGCCAAUCCCGCUCCACUAGGCCUCUGCGCAUUCGCCCUGACCACCUUCGUACUGGGAUGUAUCAAUAUGAAUGUCAAAGGCAUCACAGCGCCUAACAUGAUUGUCGGACCUGCCUUGGCUUAUGGUGGUUUGGUACAGCUUCUGGCUGGCAUGUGGGAAAUGGCAGUUGGUAACACCUUCGGUGCUACUGUACUAUCCUCCUACGGUGCAUUCUGGAUCUCGCUAGCAAUCACAUUCAUCCCUGGCGGGUUCAAUAUCAUCGGAUCCCUGGAAGAAGCAGAUAACGGAUCCCAUGCUAUGUUCUACACUUCGUUUUCAUUGUAUCUCUUUGCCUGGUUUAUCUUCACCACGCUGGUCACCCUGCUCACUCUCAAAUCCACCGUGGCAUUUUUCUCCCUGUUCUUCUUCGUCGACAUCGCUCUUCUCUUGCUCUCCCUGGGACAUUAUCUCAAUGUCGACGGUGUGCCAAAUGAAAAGAUCGUCAAGGCGGGCGGUCUCUUUGCUUUGCUGGGUGCUUUCUUGGCUUGGUAUAAUGCCUUUGCUGGUAUUGCCGAUAGCAGUAACAGCUUCUUCUUGCCGCCUGUUGUUCACUUCCCCUGGUCGGAGAAGGGGCGCAAGGCUAGACGUGAGUCCGCUGAAGAGGCUGCGGUUUAA